CCGUCGCCCGCGCCCGCGAGCCCGCGAGCCCGAGUUCCCCCGCGGCGUCCGAAUUCGGCAGCAAUGCAGCUCCUCGGCGGGUCCGUCCUGCUGGCCGCCGCGCUGGCCGCGCACCGUGCCGCCGGCUACCCGGUGUACACCACGGGGUCCUCGCUGGACACCUGCGACGGCAUCUCCUGCGCGGCGGGUGUCGGUGCGAUGCUUCUCCGCGGGAUGCUCGUGCUCGCCGCCUUCGAAGUGCUCGUGUUCAUCCACGUGGUUCUGCCCUCAGGACUUGUGUUGAACAUGCACAAGGGCGUGCGCGACCGGGACGUCCAGCAGCACGACGCCGAGCUGCGGGCCGACAAGACCGCUCUCCAGGCGCCUGACAAGGCGGGCACCUGCUGCCCGCUGUGCCUCGCGGACGAGAAGGACGUGCCGGAGGACGUGCCCAUGCGGGCUGGCCCGCGCGAUAGCUCCCGCACCGUGGGUGCUGCCCCGCGCGCCGUCGUGCCCACUGUGCCGUGCCCGGCGGCGCGCCGAAAGACGUGCAGUGCCCGGCCAGAGCGGCUCCAGGAGACUGCAGCGCUGCUGCAGCACGCGGCGGCUGCGCAGUUGAAGAAGGCGCAUGCGAGUGGCCAGGUCAACACCACCGAGACGACGACCCUCACGUGCUACCCGGACCGGGCAACUGCCACUUGUGGCGCGAGUGGCAAGUGUUUCCUUGACACCGCAGGGCCUCUAGUCUACGGCGAUAAGUGCGAGUACGCUCCGAACGGUUACUGGUAUGGAUGCUGCCACGGCGGGCUUGUCUGCACGCAGCCAUCCACUGGGCUUGGAGGGUACCCCACGUGUCAGCACGCGCCGACUCCAGCGCCGACACCGCCGACGACGAACUGCCCCCAGCCAGGGCCUCUAGUCUACGGCGAUAGGUGCGAGUACGCUCCGAACGGGUAUUGGUAUGGAUGCUGCCACAGCGGGCUUGUCUGCACGCAGCCAUCCACUGGGCUUGGAGGGUACCCCACGUGCCAGCACGCGCCGACUCCAGCGCCGACACCGCCGACGACGAACUGCCCCCAGCCGGGGGCCAGCGCCUCCGGGGAUUACUGCGAGUACGGCCCGAACGGGUAUUGGUACGGCUGCUGCCAGCUUGGCGGCGGCGCAGUGCGCCCAGUCGCCGCCCGGGCCGGGCGGGCAGCGGGCGCCGCCCUCGGCGGCGCCCGGGGCGGCGCGGGCGGCGGCCGCCGGCUCGCGCCGCCGGUUGCGCGGGCCUCGCGGCCCCCCGAGAGGCUGGCGGCCGGCCUCGAGCCCGGGGCGGAGCGAGAUCUGUCCGUCACAGGCCUGGAGUCUGUGGCCGCGGCCGGCGCACUGCGGCUCGUGGCCCUCGGUGGUGGCGCCAUGCCAAGCCUGCUGACUGUGCCGCCAGAGCAGGGGCCCAACGGCCAGCCUACCUGCAGGGGCUGGCCGGCGCACCUCUACGUGCUGCCGCACAGGCUCGCCGAGGGGCGCGCGCGCAACGAGUCCAGGAGGCUCGCGGCCGCCAGGCAGGCCGCCGAGGCGCAGCAGCAGGCCGGCGUGUGCCAGGGCUGCCCGCGGGACCCGCUGCACAGCGGCCCGGCCGCGGGCGCUGGAGCGGCCGCAGGGCCCCUUGUGGCGCAGGUGUCCGCGGCCCCCGCGCUCUUCCCCUGCGCCGCCGCCGGCGCGUGCCCGCGCCGGGGGCGCGCGAGGCCCCCUCUGCGCUGGCCAGGGCGGCCCCGCGGCUUCCUGUGA